CCGCCCCGCCGCCAGCCGCGCCGGAUGCAGAUGCUGUCUCUGCGAAGCAGUGGCGUGUGUGCAGCCCGGAGACUAACAGGGAUGCCAAAGGAAAAAUAUGAUCCUCCCGAUCCUCGCAGGAUUUACACCAUCAUGUCAGCAGAAGAGGUAGCCAAUGGGAAGAAGUCUCACUGGGCCGAAUUAGAGAUCUCGGGUAGAGUGCGGAGCUUAAGUACGUCGCUUUGGUCGCUGACGCACUUGACUGCUCUACACCUCAAUGACAACAAUCUGACUCGCAUUCCACCUGAUAUUGCCAAGCUUCAUAAUCUGGUUUACCUGGAUCUGUCAUCCAACAAACUCAGAAGUUUACCAGCAGAACUAGGAAACAUGGUAUCUCUCAGGGAAUUGCUUUUGAAUAACAAUCUGUUACGGGUUUUGCCUUAUGAACUUGGACGGCUCUUCCAGCUACAAACCCUAGGUUUGAAAGGCAAUCCUUUAUCACAAGAUAUUCUCAGCCUCUACCAGGAUCCAGACGGAACUCGAAAGCUACUGAACUACAUGCUUGACAAUCUAGCAGUUCAUCCAGAGCAGCUGCCUCCAAGGCCAUGGAUUACUUUAAAAGAACGAGACCAAAUUCUGCCCUCAGCUUCAUUCACAGUUAUGUGCUACAAUGUGUUGUGUGAUAAAUACGCCACUCGGCAGCUCUAUGGCUACUGCCCAUCUUGGGCGCUGAACUGGGAGUAUAGAAAAAAGGGAAUCAUGGAAGAAAUCGUCAACUGUGAUGCAGAUAUCAUUAGUCUUCAGGAAGUGGAAACAGAGCAAUACUUCACCCUUUUUCUGCCAGCAUUGAAGGAACGAGGAUAUGACGGAUUCUUUUCUCCAAAGUCACGUGCCAAAAUCAUGUCUGAGCAGGAGAAAAAGCAUGUGGAUGGCUGUGCAAUAUUCUUCAAAACUGAGAAGUUUACGCUGGUGCAGAAGCACACCGUGGAGUUCAACCAGGUGGCGAUGGCCAACUCGGAAGGUUCAGAAGCGAUGUUAAACAGAGUGAUGACGAAGGACAACAUCGGAGUUGCUGUGGUGUUAGAGGUGCACAAGGAAUUAUUUGGAGCAAGUAUAAAAUCUCUUCAUGUGGACAAACAGCUGCUUAUUGUGGCCAAUGCCCACAUGCACUGGGACCCCGAAUACUCGGAUGUGAAACUCAUUCAGACUAUGAUGUUUGUCUCAGAACUGAAAAAUAUCCUUGAGAAAGCCUCAAGCAGGCCUGGUAGCCCAACAGCAGAUCCUAAUUCUAUCCCACUGGUGCUGUGUGCAGAUCUUAACUCAUUGCCUGAUUCAGGUGUAGUGGAAUACUUAAGCAAUGGCAUAGUAGCUGACAACCACAAGGACUUCAAGGAGUUGCGUUACAACGAGUGUCUCAUGAACUUCAGCGGCAAUGGGAAAAACGGGGCUUCUGAAGGAAGAAUUACACAUGGCUUCCAACUCAAGAGCGCCUACGAAAACAACUUGAUGCCUUACACCAAUUACACUUUUGAUUUCAAAGGUGUGAUUGACUACAUUUUCUAUUCCAACACUCACAUGAACGUGCUUGGUGUCCUGGGGCCUUUGGACCCUCAGUGGCUGGUUGAGAACAACAUCACUGGGUGUCCACACCCUCACAUCCCUUCAGACCACUUCUCACUGUUAACACAACUCGAACUCCAUCCUCCGCUCCUGCCUCUUGUCAACGGUGUGCACUUGCCGAACAGGAGGUAGUGGAGCCCUGCCCCUUUGAGGGCAAGGACCUGUUGCUAUGGACCUGUACAGUUGUAAAUCAAAGUAUAUAGGAGUGAAGUAUGGCCAACCUUAAGCUGCUUCUUCAAGCUCCUUUCCUUAUGUGUUUGAUAUGAGAUUUUGCACAUUUUGGUGCAUAUUGGUAUCAUUUGGCACUAGGGCUGGAACCAAAGUAUUAUUCCCUUUCCAGGUUUUUAAUUUAAUUCUGUUUUUUAAACUGGCAAGCUUUUUCUUUUCAGUAGGAAGCUGCACUUAUAAAUGGACAAAUGAGAUUAAAAAGUUGCAUAUUAACAUAUUUAAACAUAAAGCUUUUUUUUCCAGAACGGGGAAAAACGCGCCAACCUUUUAGGAGAAAGAAAAACAAAAAUAGAAGUGACUGGUUUGUAGGAAGCGUAUUAGAAAAUCUGUUUGUUUGAACCCAAAACGGAGUCUGAGCUCCGCAUCCAAAAUAAAAUUUGCACAUUAGCAAAGCACUUAAAACCUGACUCUAAGUUAUUCGCAGUGUGGCCCUGCCCAUUAUUUAACUAAUAGUAGAAAACCAAAGAUGGCUUAAUACCCGUGAUAAAACUUGAGGUCUAAAUUCUCAUGACGUUAAGUUUGCUUACCACAAAAACUCCAACGAACGUACAUCUCACAAGGAUUGAGUCUGAGCAGCUGAUGCCACAGUACAUCGCUUGCUUGGCAGGCGUAACGGUAGCUUUGUUUUUUUGGAGCUCUGAAGAACUUGGUCUGUUCUGGGCAAGAUAUUCAGGAAUCCAAACAGCCUCUGUGAAACAGAGCUUACCUCUCUGCUUCGGCAGGCCAGGACAACCCGCCGCUCAGCAGCAUGGCUUGGGAGCCGGGUUUGGGGGUGGGAAGGCAUUGCACUUAAAGCAAGCAGUUACAAGCAGCUGAGAACAAAGAAGUUCCAAUUCCCUUCUGGGUUCCCUUUGCUGAAGUUCAGUUACAGAGAUGAGGAACUUAGGAUGAGCUGGUUGAGCUUAGGGUACAGGAAAAAGCCACUGGAAAUGAUCUUACUUCUGUCUCCGAAGCGCAUGUGAGGUAGCUCUCGGGAUGCUUUUGUCACUGGGGGAGAGAGCAGUAGCCGUAAUCAUUCCUUGGAUUAUUUUUCCUGACCCUAGUUGCCAAAUAGCCAUCAUAUGUUUUUAAUAAUCUUUCUUUUCUGUUGUCAGUCAGGGUUGAAUUCAAAAGCUGCUGGUUCAUUCCCAACUGUUAAUGCUCUUUAGAUGUGUUGGAAAUCCUUUUUUUUUUCUUUUUUAUGCUCUAGGUGGCCAGUUCAAAACCUUGUGCCUCGAGAGGCAUUAAACCUAAUGCAAUUUUCUGCAAGAAUUGGUUGGCUGCUUAAUGUUAAAAAAAAUGGCACAGUAAUAGGAAAAGGUUGUGUCUGUGUUUUUAAGUUUUUCUUUAUUCUGCUUUUUUGCUGCUAUAAGAUUUUCUUGAACUUAUAUUUUAAACUUUUCAUGCACUUUACUGUUUCUAGUCUCAAAAUGUGAUAUUUUUAAUAAAUGAAAAAAUUUUCCAUUACGUGAAUGAAAUUUUUAAACAGAUUGAUAGCCUAUAUUUAUGUCUCAUUCGUAUACUUAAAGAAGUCAAACUUAAAUUGUUAAAUCAGUUUUAAAAGCUAAGGAGCCAUCUUCUGUCUUGCAAAACUGCUAAGUCAGGCUGUUCCUCUCCUCUUUAAAUACGCGUUUCCUUUGUCGUUUUAUACAUAGGAAAUUAUCCAUAGGAAAAACCAAUUGGACCUAGAGUAGAAAACAUUCCCUGACUUUUGCUGGGGGCCGGGGAGGGGAUGGUGUGGGGCAAAUGCAAAAAUCAGUUCGACGAAAUGACAACUCCCUCUUAAAAAAGAAAAAGUGCCUAAAAAUGGAGGCGUCAUCUAUUGCCUAAUAUAAAUUGGAAGCUAUCCUAGCUGGGUGAAAUUCAUGUACAUAAAUUGCUUUGUGCAGCACCAAAAAAAGCCCUUUUGAAAGACGGAUUUUCCUCUAGGUGCAGGUAUCUCUUUUUUAAUAUACCUCAGCGUUCGACACCUAGCCAUGCAGAUAAAUCGAGAACGUGACUGAGAAUAUAGUACUGGAAAGUAGAAUAGCAUGAAAAACUUAAUUUUGUGGACAUUUCCUUUCUGUAAUCAGCUACUGUAUCUUUUUUGGACGGGGGGGUUCUCUGCUCUGGAGGUGUGCACUAACAAACCAUUCUCCUCCUUUCGUACACGCAUGUUAACUGGCAACGUGAGCAAUAUUUCCUACCAUACUUCACUCCCAAUAUUUUUUGAGCUGUUUGUAUAAAAUGGAAUUUAAAGUUCACCUAUGAUUGUAUAUGAACUGCAGAGGAGCCCGUUUAUUAAUAAAAAUAAAAACCAACAACAAUCUUUUGUAAUAUCAGGGUGGGAGAGGGUGGGGAUGGAAACACCAACAACCGGUGAGCGUUGUAAACUGCGCAGGUUCUGCUUUCCUUUGGUUUAUAACUGACUGAAGUGUUCUGUUGCAGGAAGGUGUUUAAUUGGAUUUUCUCUGCUUCGAAAUGCACCUCACAAAGCCCAUUAUGCUGUGCAAUUUUUAAAAAGUUCUUUUCCCAGACAUUGCACAAAACCUCUGGAUUUAAAAAAAAAAUCUGUUAAAAAAAAAGAAAAAAUGUGUUUAAAGCUCUGUUCAUGUUUCAGUUGAUGCACGGAACUGGGGGCAUGUUUGCUCGCAGUUCACACGUCUGGCUCCCUCUCUGUUUUCCUGCUGGUUUUUCCCCUUCCCUGCAGAAGGAGCAGUAAAGGGGGUCGUGCUUUUUCCUCUAGCCGAGCAGGUUUUCUGCUCCCAGACGAGAGGGAACGCGGAGCCGUCGGCACACCUCGUGCUGGGACGUGAUCUGUUCCAGAAACACAUCUCCCCCGUGGUGAUGCUCCUUUGCUUUUGACCCAGAAGGAUGCUGACAGCGUCCUGCAGGGUAUUUUCUAAGGGAGAGGGAGGGAAAUAAUACACGAACCCAAAUAUCCCCAACUAUCAACAGUUUUUUCUGCAUCGCUGCCCCUUGUUUCUCAGCCUCGAACAGAUUGCAUUGCCCUCACAGCCAAAAGCCUGGGAAAAAAAGCUCAAAGCCUUUUACUGCUCCUCGCUGUCCUGGUUUGGUUUCAAAAAUACUGUGCCUGGUGUCAACCUCUAAGCAACAGCACUGCCUAAAGCAAGCAGAGAAAAAAAAAUCCAACACCGUUCUACAGGCAACUUUUUAAAAUUCAAUAUGGUAAAUCUGUUAGCUACGGGGUUUUGUGUGUGUAUAUAUAUAUAUAAAAAGAGAAUUUUGUACAAUGUA